GCCAUGUCUGCUUUAACCACUCUCCACCGGCAUUGUUGAUACCACCUCUGAGCUCUUCUCUUCCACGUACUCACCCUCUUUCCUCUUCUGGGUCUUGUUCAUUUUCAGAUGCUGCUGGCUUGAGCUGAAUCGGAGAUGAGGGGAGCCUCCCCGAGCACCGUGGAGCCACGGUACCGCUUGUCGGCUUCCUUUAAUGAAGAUACUAACAAGAGAAGACCUCAAAGAAGCAAAGAUUUUAAAGAUGUUGAGAAGGCAUUGCAUGUUCCAUUCCAAGAUAGGAUUAUAACUUGCAAGCCAAAUUGGAAAUUAGUUUUGGUUAUUGUUAUAUUGGGAACCUUAGUUACAAUUUUCCAUCCUCCAGCUGUUUAUAAUACUGAUCAUCUAUCAAACUCUAUUCCACGGCGAACCUUUGUAAACAACUGGAAAGGAGAGUUUGAUGGCAUUGAUCCGCGUUAUGUAUCACUUCUAAAUAUUGAAUGGGACCAAAUAUCUAAAGUUCUUGUAAAUUUGAAAGAUAAGGACACAUAUCAGGGUGUUGGCUUAUUAAACUUCAACGACAGCGAGAUUGACAGCUGGAAGCAGCUGGUACCAGAAGCAGAGCAUGUAGUCCUUCACCUGAACUAUGCUUCAAGUAACAUUACUUGGGAAGACCUGUAUCCAGAAUGGAUAGAUGAAGAAGAAGAAUAUGAGUUUCCUACUUGUCCAACGCUACCUAGGAUUCAGGUACCAGGAAAACCACGGAUUGAUCUUAUUGCUGUCAAGCUUCCCUGCAACAAGUCAGGGAGCUGGUCAAGAGAUGUAGCUCGUUUACACCUGCAGAUUGAAGCAGCAAGACUUGCUGCCUCUUCCAAGGGAUAUCAUCCAGUGCAUGUGCUUUUGGUCACUGAUUGCUUCCCAAUCCCAAAUCUCUUUAUUUGCAAGGAACUUAUACAACGUGAAGGGAGUGCCUGGCUUUAUGAACCCAACCUGAAUACACUAAGAGAGAAGCUACAACUGCCAAUUGGUUCAUGUGAACUAGCAGUUCCUUUGAAGGCUAAAGAAAAUUUUUACUCAGAAAGAGCAAACCGAGAAGCUUAUGCAACCAUCCUGCACUCUGCACACAUAUAUGUUUGUGGAGCCAUUACUGCGGCUCAGAGUAUUCGCAUGGCUGGUUCAACACGAGAUCUUGUGAUUCUUGUUGAUGAAACAAUUAGUGACUAUCAUAGGGGAGGCUUGGUAGCUGCUGGAUGGAAGAUUCAUACAAUCAAAAGAAUCAGGAAUCCAAAAGCUGAACCAGAGGCAUAUAAUGAGUGGAACUACAGCAAAUUCCGUCUGUGGCAACUAACAGAUUAUGACAAAAUCAUUUUUAUUGAUGCUGACCUUCUUAUACUUAGAAAUAUUGAUUUCCUUUUUGAGAUGCCUGAAAUAUCAGCCAUAGGAAACAAUGCUACACUGUUCAACUCAGGUGUAAUGGUGGUCGAACCAUCAAAUUGUACGUUUCAACUGCUUAUGGAUCACAUCAAUGAGAUUGUCUCCUACAAUGGUGGGGACCAGGGGUAUCUAAAUGAAAUUUUCACAUGGUGGCAUCGGAUUCCAAAACAUAUGAACUUCUUGAAGCACUUCUGGGAAGGUGAUGAGGAAGAGAAAAAAGUGAUGAAAACUCGUCUCUUUGCAGCUGAUCCACCAAUCCUUUAUGUCAUCCACUAUCUGGGUACUAAACCAUGGCUGUGCUUCCGCGAUUACGACUGCAACUGGAACGUGGACAUUCUGCAGGAGUUUGCGAGUAACGUAGCUCAUGCAAGAUGGUGGAAGGUGCAUGAUGCCAUGCCAGAAAACUUACAGAAGUUCUGUUUGCUUAGGUCCAAGCAGAAAGCUGCGUUAGAGUGGGAUCGUAGACAAGCAAAGAAAGGAAACUACAGUGAUGGUCACUGGAAAAUUAAGAUAAAAGACCCUCGUUUGAAAACCUGCUUUGAGGAUUUUUGCUUCUGGGAGAGCAUGUUAUGGCAUUGGGGUGAAAAGAAUUGGACAGAUAAUUCUACUAUUAACAAUUCGGCACCUUCUGUCAAAACCAAAUCUCUUUCUUCUUUGUGAGUUUACUUCUCUUCCUACUUCCACAGUUACAAUAGAUCCUUCACGUUUGCACAAUCUGUGUUCUCUCAUCACUCCUGUCUGUAAGGAAAAUUAUAGCUAAAUUAUGUUUGGGCUCAAAGUACUAUUCAGCAACUUGUCAUUAUUCUUUUUCAAAGGGUUAUAACGU